AUGCUCUUCAACGCUGGCUUUGCUCUCACCGCCCUCCUCGCCCUCUCUGGAGCCAUCGAGGCUGCUUCCGUCUCCAAGGGCGGCAAGUGGGACAAGUACCGCAAGUCGCUCGACAAGGUCAUCGGCUCUGCCGAGAACACGGCCAGCAUGUCCAAGGACGCCAAGACCAUGGUCCAGGCCCAUGUCACCCAGCGCAAGGACCCCGCCUUCAAGAAGCUCGUCAAGAAGGUCAAGAACCAUCCCAAGGCCAAGAAGAACAAGGCCGGCUUCACCAUGACCGAUGACAACAUCGAGUCCCUGGCCACCGAUGUCUUUGGCAGCAACGCCUCUGAUGUCCACACCGCUGCCGUCCGAGCUGCCAUGCUCCCCGACUCGUGGGAUUCCCGCGACAAGAACUGGGUCUCCUCAGUCAAGGACCAGGGCCAGUGCGGCAGCUGCGUUGCCUUCUCCUCGGCUGCCACCGUCGAGAGCACCUUCCUCAGCCAGACCGGCAACAGCAUCGAGGUCUCGACCGCCGAUCUCUUCUUCUGUCUUGGCUCCAAGGAUGGUGCCUCCUGCAGCACUGGCUGGCAGACCGGCCAGGCGGCCAGCGACAUUGCCCAGAACGGCGUCGUUGGAGCCGACUGCUUCCCUUACACCGCCGGCGACGGUCAGGAUCAGCAGUGCGACGACAGCAGCUGCCAGCGCACCAGCGGGCUCUCGGUGGCCUCGUUCGGCAGCGUCGACGAGAUCAAACAGCACAUCAUGACCUACGGCGCCGUGGUGACUGCCUUCACUGUCUACCAAGACUUUAUGAACUGCUGCACCAACAACCAGAUCUACAUGCAGCAGUCCGACCAGCAGGAGGGCGGCCACGCCGUCUCGAUUGUUGGCUGGGAUGAGAGCAAGCAGGCCUGGCUCUGCAAGAACUCCUGGACCACCACCUGGGGCACUGACGGCUUCUUCUGGAUCGGCUACGGCCAGGCCGGCAUUGGCUCGACCGACCAGACCUAUGGCUUCACCACCUCUGGCGGCAACUAA